AUUGUCACUUGGCUUCCGGCACUCAGUUCUCACCGAGUUCUCGUCCAGGAUGCCACGAAUUGCGCUGAAGACGCUUCCGCUCCAGGUGCUGCUCCUGCAGCUGCUGGCCUCCAUUCCCUCGGGCCACUCCAUCGAAUGGACUCUUACGGAUAUAAUAGAGUCCGCCGGAAAGGUGGGCACCAGCAUCGUGGACCCCAGCCUCCUGCCCACGCCCCAGGGCCUCCUCGACGGCAGCAAGCAGCUCAUCGCCGGCUACCCCUUCGAGUUCGUGUCCAACUCCAUCAACACUAUUUGUUCCCAGGCUCUGGCCUCGAACAAAAUCAGGUCGAAGUACAUGCCGGACAUCAACAAAAUGAACUUCCAGCUGCAAACGACCUGCGCAAAGGUCAACUUCAAACUCACCGAGGCGGAGUCCAUGUGGAAGAGUCCGCUGUUUGAUCCCAAGAAGAAGGUCGUCAUCCUGGCCACCGGAUGGACCACCACCAUCAAUGGGUCGGAUACCAUCGAUGAGUUCUCGAAGGCCUACAAUUGCCGCGGCGACGUCAACUUUGUGGCGGUGGACGCCGCUCGUUUCGUGGACACCCUGUACACCUGGUCGGCCUUCAACACGGAGGAGAUUGGGGAGAACAUAGCCGUGGGACUGGUGAAGCUGCUGGACCUGGUGCCGGUGGACAACAUCCACCUGAUCGGGCACAGCUUGGGUGCCCACAUUGUGGGAGCGGCUGGUCGGCACCUGCACCGCCUGACCAACCAGACCAUUCCCAGGAUCACGGGACUGGAUCCGGCCAAGCCCUGUUUUAACGAGGGCGAAGUCCUCUCGGGUCUGAUGCGCGGAGAUGGCCGCUUCGUGGACGUGAUCCACAGCAAUCCCGGAGUGCUGGGCAAGCGGGAUCCGCUGGGCGACGUGGACUUCUACCCGGGCGGAAUGGGACCCCUGCCGGCGGGCUGCUUCUCGGUGACCUGUGCGCACGCCCGCUCCUGGGAGUACUUCGCGGAGACCAUCUAUCCGGGAAGCGAGAAUAACUUCCCGGCCACACGCUGCAAUUCUAUGUCCCGUCUCCGGGAUUUCCGCUGUCCGGGCCACGAGGUGCCCAUGGGCUACGCCGUGCCCCACGACGUGAAGGGCAACUACUUCCUGGAGGUGAGCGGCUCCUCGCCCUACGGCUCGCGCGCCUCCAUUGUGCGACAGGCCCACAUGGCGGAGUGCGGCAAGUGUCCCGCCUCCUCGACGACCACUGAGGAGCCGACUUCCACGACGAAGAACUCGAGAUCGUGGUUCUGAGGAGGAGGAGGAGGUCUUCUUCGGUGCCUUCCCAUAAUAUAUCCUAAGAUAGUUUUAGGUAUUGCAUUAAUUUUUUCUUUUUUUUUGAUGAUCGUCUUAACCCGACCCGAAUGCGGUCGAUAUGCAAUAUACAACUUGCCUUCUCAGCGUUGACAAUUCAAUUAAAGCUGUGUUUAUUAUGCUUAUGCAAAGUCCAAACAGCGUUGGGAGCUGGCUCUCGAAGUUGGAAUACCCUUUCCAUGUGAUACCGAAGGAGAGUGUUAGUGAUAGGAUAUAUAAAUGCAUAAAUACCGUACCAUGUGACCAUUGAAUUACAUACAAAUAAAAUAUUUAAUUAUUAUCUAAA